GCAGCAGCACAUAUAUUUGGUUUGCUUCUUCAGUUUGUAAGCAGAAAAAAUGGAUGCAUUUUUGGGGUACUUUGCGGCUUUGUUUCUGAGUACUUUUUAUGAUUGACGCAGAUGUUCGCUACUACAAUGAAUUUGUUGUUAGGAAAACUUCAUCCCCUUUUUCUCUCCUUAAGUUGUUCUCCUCCUUCUUCUUCUUCUUCUCUUGAAUUAUCAGCUAAGGGUGCGGUGUUUUUGUCUUUCCAUAGCCCAAAUUGACAAAUUUUCCUCACAACAGAGUCAUAGUAGUGAACAUCUGCUUCAGUCACAAGAAGCAUUGGUUUCCACUUAUGUCAAGGUGCCAUUCUCAAUCUCUCACUGAAUGGAUAAUCAAAAGUGAAGGUUUUUUGAAAACAAAGGAUGCAGCUGUGCUAUCCAACCAAAGCUUGUGUUGGGCUCGCUUGAAUGAAGGAGGGCUUGCAUUAGAAAUAGCUCAGCUUUGCAGCUUAAUGUGGCCUGAGUGGCCGAAGGCAUACUGUAGGCAGGGUGCAGCUCUGAUGUUGCUGAAAGAUUAUGGGAAAGCUGUUGAUGCUUUUUAUAAGGCUUGGAAGAUGUCUCUUGAUAACAAGGACAUUUUGAACAUGCUUUUAGAAUGUCCACCCGAUCUCAAUGCGCACUUUGUGAAGAGCAUGAUGAAAUGGGAUGGGAUGUAAGAUUCAGAAUAUAAUUUUGGGCUAAAU